AUAUGACUUACUAGGUUACAAGAGGUAUCAAAGAAAUGGACAAGCGAUCUCAAGGGUACAUCUCUGAACUCCAUUCCAGUUGCCCCCACUGUAGGCCAUUGUUUUCCGGGUAAUCCCCGCCAAUGAUUAAUGAAGCAAGUGUUCAGAACUCGGUUAAAAUUACUCCCCUUUGAGGGCUUUUGGUUGUACAAUGUAGCUCUUUGCCAUUUGCCUUUGCAAAAAUUCGGAUUGCGCCUUGAUGGAUGAUGGGUAAGUAAGUAAGACGGAACCGACUUAUGAAUGAAGUUCAAUAACGAGUUUCGUACAGCCCGUGUUUGCCAUUUCUCAUGUAUCAACAACAUCAUCACAUCGAAUUGGUUUCAGAUUCAGAUUCAGAUGGAGAAUGGGAAUCAGAAUCAGCAGGGGAGUGAAACGGAGAAAAGUCGGAAUAUUAUGGGCGACUAAUGAGCUUCGCGGGCGAAAAGCUUCAUUAUUAUGGUUCUUUUAUUUUCUAAUGUCGGGUUUUUGACGUAUAGACGAUAUAGUUUGUAUUGCCCAUCGGUGUGCGUUUUGUUCUGGUUUUUGUAGCGCCUUUUGACAUUCGUGUAUCAAGUUGGCCAGACAUUUUCGCUGACUAUAAAUAGGCAGAUUGGCUGUGGAGAAGGUACUAGUGUUCUCACAACUUCGGUCCCAGCAACAUGAAAUUCUUCGCUGUCCUCUCGCUCGCCCUUCUGGCUGUGGCCUCCGCCGAUGUCAGCCACCUGACCAACAGCUACCUGCCUCCUCACUCGGCCGCUGCAUCCACCAGCUACGAGUCCUACCAGGCCGCUCCCGUCGAGGCUGCCGCUGCCGAGACCUACGAGAGCGAGUCCUACUCCGCCCCAGCUGCCUCCUUCACCAGCGAAUCCUAUGCCGCUCCAGCUGACGUCGAGGCCGCCGUUGAGACCGCCGCCGAGGAGACCUACGAGCAGCCCGCUGCCAGCUAUGUGGCUCCAGUGGUGACCAAGACCACCUACUCCGCCCCCGCCGUCUCCUCGUACUCCUCCUACUCCGCUCCCGCUGUGGUGGCCAAGACCUACUCUGCUCCUGCUGUGUCCACCUACACUGCUCCUGUGGUGACCAAGACCUACACCGCUCCCGCUGUUGUCAAGACCUACUCCGCUCCGGCUGUGUCCACCUACACUGCUCCUGCCGUGUCCGGAUACUCUCAGACCUACGCCGCUCCCGCUGUUGUGAAAACCUACUCCGCCCCGGCUGUGUCCACCUACACCGCUCCCGUUGUAGCCAAGACCUACUCCGCCCCGGCUGUGUCCACCUACACCGCCCCAGUGGUGACCAAGACCUACACCGCCCCCGCUGUGGUCAAGACCUACUCUGCUCCAGCUGUGUCCACCUACACCGCUCCCGUUGUAGCCAAGACCUACGUCGCUCCUGCUGUGUCUACCUACACUGCUCCUGUGGUGACCAAGACCUACUCCGCCCCGGCUGUGUCCACCUACACCGCUCCCGUUGUGGCCAAGACCUACGUUGCUCCUGCUGUGUCCACCUACACCGCCCCUGCUGUGGUCAAGACCUACUCCGCCCCAGCUGUGUCCACCUACACCGCUCCCGCUGUGGUGGCCAAGACCUACGCCGCUCCGGCUGUGUCCAGCUACUCUGCUCCCGCUGUGGUCAGCAGCUACUCCGGAUCCUCCGGCACCGUGUACGGCAACAACGGCGGAUACGUCUACUAAAGACUGCAUCCCAAAAC